AUGGAUCAUCUGAGAAUGAAUGGUGCAUACUGGGGAUUGACCACACUGGACUUGCUUGAGAAGCUCGGUUCUGUUUCUGAAGAUGAAGUUGUGUCGUGGGUCAUGACGUGUCAGCAUGAAUCUGGACAGAGUAUGUUCAAUGCUAAUUUGAGUGUAUCAUUCAAAAUGUGUCUAGUUUUCUGUUGUGUGGGUGCUCUUGCUAUCUCGGGGAAUCUCCAUCGUGUCGAUAAGGACUCACUUGGAUGGUGGUUAUGCGAAAGACAAGACGACAAGUCUGGAGGUUUGAAAUUCUUGGACAUGGAUAAUGGAGGCAUUUCAGAUAGCCCCAACGACGCUGUUGAUAUCUUUCACACUUACUUUGGAGUUGCAGGGCUUUCCCUUCUCGAGUAUCCGGGAGUCAAACCAAUUGAUCCUGCCUAUGCAUUGCCUGUCGAUGUCAUCAACCGGAUUCUCUCCACCAACUGA